UCGGUGAGAAUAUUUGCACGCGUGUCGGCGUCAGGUGACGCUGUUGACGUGUUGCUAUGGUGACGCGCCGCUCGUGUUCACGCGCGUCCUGACCGUCUGGCAGAAGAUCAUCUUCAUCCUCAUCUUCUUCAUCUUCUUCAUCCUCGUGAUGGAUCAGUAUGAGGUGGUUCGGCAGGUCGGUCAGGGCGCGUUCGGGCGAGCGCUGCUGGUCAGACAGCGACAGGGACACGCGCAGCUCUACGUCAUCAAGGAGAUCAACCUGACACAGUUGUCCUCUCGGGAUAAGGACGCCUCCAGAAAGGAAGUGACUCUGCUGUCCAAAAUGAAACAUCCAAACAUUGUGGCGUUUUAUAAAUCAUUUUACGACAGGAAUAACUUCUACAUCCUGAUGGAGUACUGUGACGCCGGCGAUCUGAUGAAGAGAAUCAGGAUGCAGAGAGGAAAACCCUUCACAGAGCAGCAGAUCGUGGACUGGUUUGUUCAGAUCUGUCUGGGACUGAAGCACAUUCACGAUAGGAAGGUCCUGCACAGAGACAUCAAAGCUCAGAACAUCUUCCUCACUCAAGGAGGCCUGAAGGUCAAGCUGGGAGACUUCGGCAUCGCCAGAAUACUGAACAGCACCAUGGAGCUCGCCAGGACCUGUGUCGGCACGCCGUACUAUCUGUCUCCAGAGAUCUGCGAGAACAGACCAUACAACAACAAAACGGAUAUCUGGUCUCUGGGCUGUGUUCUCUAUGAGCUCUGCACACUCAGACAUCCAUUUGAGGGCAGUAAUCUGAAGCAGCUGGUGCUGAGGAUCUGUAGGGGGCGCUACAGUCCAGUGUCUCAGCGCUACAGCUCUGAACUACACCUGCUGCUCCACCUGCUGUUCAAGGUCAGUCCACGAGACCGGCCGUCUGCUAACUCACUGCUCAAACGACCGCUACUGCAGCAGAAGAUCAGCAAACACCUGGACACACAGCUGUUGGAGGAAGAGUUCAGUCACACAGUUCUUCACAGACACACACCAGCAGCUCCUAAAGCCACGAACAACACAGGUGUGUAUCACAUAAAGCCUGCUGUUGGUCUCGAGCGCUGGCGGAUCGGUCCGGUCGAGCCGCUGCAGGAGCCGGAUCACGACCAGCACAGCGCCGCUGCUGUGGAGCCGUACAGACUUGUGGCAGCGGCGAGAGACGAGUAUCUUCAGAGGAGACGUGAAGCCCAUCAGUACAAACUCAGAGCUCAGAAACAACUGGGUCUCAGACCGUCCACAGCAGACGCUGAAGGCCGUCAGUCAAAGCCACAGGAGCAUCUUGGGAACGUCAGAGCGGCUCAGGACAGGAGACUGCGGGGACAGGAGGAGUAUCUGAUGCAGCUGCGGCGAAUCAGAGAGCAGUAUCAUCAUGAUGUCAGACGGAUGAGGACGAGGGCAGAGCACGAGGAGCCUCUGACGGCAGAAACACACACACUGAAGAAGAACGGAGAGCGACACACACACGGGAAACAGCAGCAGAGAGGAAUCAUGUUUGAGAUCAAGCUGAGCGAUGAAGAGACGAAGACUGAGGAAGACGAGGAGUCAGAGGAUGAGCCCCUGAACAACACACUGACGUUUGCACAAGGAGAAAAGCUACGCAACCGACCGCAGGGGUCAGAGGUCAGACAGGAAGUGGAGGAGGAAGUGGUGAAGAGAGCCGAGUGGCAUCGAGACGCAGCUGAGACGUUUCUGAACGCGCUGGAGAACAUGGAUGUGAUGACAGAGAGCAGCAUCAGUCUCGCUCAGACCGUUUCAGAGGAGCAGGAGGGAGGAAACAGGAAGCACUGGACGAAUCGUCUGCCGGAGACACUGCUGAACGCUCUCGCUCAAGCAGACAUCAUGGAUUCUUUUCCUUUUAUUUUUCUGUAA